UGUGUGGAACUCGACCCAGAGUUAGAAGAAUUAUCAACGGAACAUCCGUAGGGGACAACGAAUAUCCAUGGGUGGUUGUUAUCAGGAAAAAUGGCGCCUAUCAAUGCCCUGGAUCAUUGAUCACCCCAAAACACGUCGUCACUGCAGCCCAUUGUUUAACAGAUGUCGAAGCGUCAUCGUUUAAGGUUACCCCUGGAGCAUACCGGAGUCCUUUCAAACCCGAUUAUGAGAAGAAACUGUAUACAGUAAAGGCGAUUCACCCUCACGAGAAGUUCGACAAAAACACAUAUGACAACGACAUUGGUUUAUUGGAGCUCGAAAAUCCGGUGGCUUUAAACAGCGAAAUGCAAUUGAUCUGCUUGCCGUCCUCGGACAAUGUUGAUUACUCCGGAACGGUUGGAACCGCUCUGGGAUGGGGCAGAGUACAGAAAAACGAAACUGCAGGUUUAAUACCUUUACAAAAGGUAGACGUCCCCAUUAUGUCAAAGGAGGAAUGUCUUAAGACUGAUUAUACUAAUCAGGACAUUACGGAGAACAUGUUCUGCGCGGGAUACCCGGAGGGAGGAAAGGACGCUUGCAAUGGCGACAGUGGCGGACCUCUUCAAGUCCUGCGAGAAUAUAACAGCUACGAACUGGCGGGAAUCAUCUCUUGGGGCAGAGGUUGUGGCGAUGCAGGCAACCCAGGCGUGUACACCAAAAUGACGAAUUAUUUGUACUGGCUGAGGGAAUACAUAACCGACGAGUGUCCAUGCAGACCCCAUCCGACCAACACAGGUCUUUGA